UUGGCGUCACAUACCAUGCUCGGUGUGUUUAUCUUUUGCUGAUUCAUUCUCUUCUUCAUUUUUAUUCUGUUUGUUUAGUUUAUAAGCUUCUUCACAGAAAUUAAAUAAACGAAUCAGAAAAAAAGCGCGUUUUCUAUUCCUUUAGUUGGAAAGAAAGAAUCAACUGAAAACAGUCAGCAAUCCGCGAAUUCAAGCAUUAAGUGCGUUGGUGAUCAGCUGAUCAAGAUCAGACAGUAGAACUAAAAUCUGUAAUAAAAUCUGAACCGAUCUUGAUUCAAGGUUCACUGACGCACUGAAUACGGAAAUUUGCUGACAGCAUCAAAUCCACAUCCUUGAAACUCCACCGUAGUCUUCAACGCGUUCUUGAAUCUGGAUUUUUGUGCCUUGGCAUAUUAGAAACCGUUGGAGCAAUUGUUACCGGUGGUGGGACUCUCUUCCUCGUUUCAUUGGUGGAGAUUUUCGAGCAAUAGAUUUCUUCUCCCAAACUAUAUGUUUCAAAGAUUUUGAUCUUCGCAUUGGUUUUGGAAGAAAUGGUUGCCUUUGGGAAAAAGUUGAAAGACCGACAGAUUCAAGAAUGGCAAGGAUAUUACAUAAACUACAAACUCAUGAAGAAGCGAGUAAGGCAAUAUGCUCAACAAAUUCAACAGGGAACACUAGAUCGGCGACAUGUUCUCAAGGAUUUUUCACGAAUGCUGGAUAAUCAGAUUGAGAAGAUUGUCCUUUUCCUGUUGGAGCAACAAGGGCUUUUGGCAAGCAGGAUAGCAAAGCUUGGAGAGAUGCAUAAUGAUUUGCAGCAGGAGCCUGAAAUAAACAAAAUAACUGAACUGCGAGAAGCUUAUAGAACAGUUGGACAGAAUCUAUUAAACCUGCUCUAUUUUGUAGAGAUCAAUGCUAUUGGAUUGCGUAAGAUUUUGAAGAAGUUUGAUAAACGCUUUGGUUAUAGAUUCACUGAUUACUAUGUCAAAACUCGGGCAAAUCAUCCUUACUCCCAGCUGCAACAAGUGUUCAAGCAUGUGGGAAUAGGUGCUGUUGUGGGAGCGUUAUCUCGCAAUCUUCAUGAGCUUCAGGAUCGUCAGGGGAGCUACUUAUCGAUUUAUGAUCAACCUUCUCUUCCUCUACAGGAUCCCGUCGUUGAUUCGAUAAAUGCAGCUGUUGAUAGGUUAUCCCACUCAACAAAUUUCCUUAACUUUUUGGCGCAACAUGCACUCAUUAUGCAAGAUGAUCUUCCUGCCCCUUCUGAGGAACAAGUUGAUGAAAAAAGAUACCAUUUUAUGUCACUUCUGCUGAAUUUGGCAAACACAUUUUUGUAUAUGGUCAAUACAUAUAUUAUUGUUCCUACAGCAGAUGAUUACUCUUCGAGCCUCGGGGCUGCACCGACGGUUUGUGGUAUUGUGAUAGGGGCAAUGGCUGUUGCACAGUUGUUUUCUUCUGUGUAUUUUAGUGCAUGGUCAAACAAAUCAUACUUUAGGCCUCUUGUAUUCAGUAGCUUAGCUCUUUUCCUCGGAAAUGUCUUUUACGCAUUGGCAUAUGAUGUUCAUUCGAUAUGGAUUCUCUUAAUCGGUCGCCUUUUUUGUGGAUUGGGUUCAGCCAGAGCUGUUAACCGGCGUUAUAUAAGUGAUUGUGUUCCACUUAAAAUCCGCAUGCAAGCAUCAGCAGGUUUUGUUAGUGCCAGCGCUCUUGGAAUGGCAUGCGGUCCUGCAUUAGCUGGCAUACUUCAGACUAAUUUUAAGAUUUACAACCUUACAUUUAAUCAAAAUACCUUGCCUGGGUGGGUUAUGGCUAUCGCUUGGCUGGUUUAUCUGGUAUGGUUAUGGAUCUCUUUUAAGGAACCUUCUCAUGAUGUUGAAGAGAAUCAUACACCAAAUCAGUCAAAUAAUGUCGAAAAUGGUGCACUUGAAAAAGGUCUGAAACAACCAUUACUAAUUACUUCGGAUGAUAAGGUACAUGAAGACAUUGACCAAGAUUAUGAUGAUAGUGAGGAAGCUCCAGAGGAAUCUCGCCUACCCGCCAAUUCAAUUGGAUCAGCAUACAGACUCCUUACACCUUCUGUAAAGGUUCAGUUAUUGAUAUAUUUCAUGCUCAAAUAUGUAAUGGAGAUUUUACUAUCUGAAUCAAGUGUCGUCACAACAUACUACUUCAACUGGUCAACCAGUACGGUUGCAGUUUUUCUUGCUUGUCUUGGCUUGACAGUUCUUCCUGUAAACAUUGUUGUUGGAAACUAUAUAAGUAACAUGUUUGAGGACAGGCAAAUUCUGUUGACAUCAGAAAUUAUGGUUCUGAUAGGAGUUGUACUCAGCUUCCAUGUAAUCUUUCCGUAUACCGAGCCACAAUACAUCUGUUCCGGUCUCCUUUUAUUUGUUUCCGCUGAAGUACUGGAAGGUGUGAACUUGUCAUUGCUUUCGCGCGUCAUGUCAUCAAGGCUUUCUCGUGGAACCUACAAUGGUGGCCUUCUAUCUACCGAAGCUGGAACAAUUGCUAGAGUAAUUGCUGAUGGUACCAUUACUUUGGCUGGAUUUUUGGGUCAAAAUAAGCUCCUUAAUGUCACAUUGCUUCCAUCACUCUUCAUUUCAGUAAUCUCUAUCAUAGCAACAUGCUAUACCUAUAAUUCUUUAUAUUGAUUUCCAUCCUGUCAUUCUUUGUCAAUCAAGUCUUUGGAAAAACAUCUAGGUUGUUAUUGAUGUAGGUUGUUAAAAUGUGAAUUGUUGUUAGUAAAAUGGAUUCUUUAGUGAAUCUUAGCUGAAACAAAUUUUGGUCAGACUUUAGUUACCUUCCGACCAAAGUCUAGAUUACUAGGGCACCUUUCCCAUGAAAACUAGAGGGUUAAAACCAAAAAAUGGAUUCUUCAGUUGUCACUAUAAUUUUUCUGGGAUGAUUUUAUUACUUUGUUGUUUGAAUUAUACCUGUAUUUUUCUUGGCUUCCUUUUAUUGAUAGUUAAGUUUAGGUUGAAUUAAGGAUGUAAAUGAAUUGAUGCUAGCUAUUCAUGAAUUGUUAUUAAUUUUUAUUUGUUAAGGCUUGGUAAA